UUAUAUUUUUUUUUGUUUCGAAAAUAAAUUCUGCUCUCCGUGUCCCAAAUCAGUUCGAUUUUAUUUUCGAGGGAGUGGAUGUUAUCAGCGGUAGUCUCGAGCAUAUGUGGGGGUUCGAUGACCCUUUACUAUUCACCCUAACCCCUCGAAUACACGCACAGAAAUGCGCGGUUGGAAUACAACCUAGUACUUUACGUCACCUCCCGGCGCACGAGAACGAGAGGCGCCGCGACGUCAGUCACAAUACUGCACUCAAAUACAACACACCAGCUACACUCGACUCGAAGAAUAUAAAAGGGAAAGAAGAAAAAAAAAGAGUAUUAUUCAUUUUACACACAGUCGCGGUGUGUAAAGAAUACUAGACAAAAAAAAAACGCAAUCAGACGCAAAGAUGACCGCCCUAGAGACAUCAACAAAUAUGCAAAGGGAUUUCCAUAUUGCCCGUGUGCAAGAUCCAAGUAAUAAAAGUAAGACGGCAUAGAAAUCAAAAUCGCAACUCUCAGAAAUGGAAGUGGCCGAGCCGCAUUUGAAAAACGGCUGCGAUGAUUUUUGGAUGUGGAAUCGCUUCGAGAGGAGUAUCGAGGUGAAAAUCUACGGUACAUAUUGCAGGAUAGCGCAUUUCCAUCCGAACUGGAGCAGCGGGACGGCCGGUAUUCGAGGUACAAGAGUACUGAACCAAGGACGAUAUUUCUGGGAAUUGCGAUUGAAUCAACGGAUUUUCGGUACGAGCAUGAUGUUCGGCAUAGGGACGAAGAAGGCGCGCGUGCACGCGGAUACAUUUACGAACCUCUUGGGCGAGGAUUCGCACAGCUGGGGUUUAUCCCAUAAAGGCUUACUGUGGCACGGCGGUAAAUGGUUCGAAUACACGAAACCGUUUCGAGAGAACGAAAGCACCACCGUCGGAGUUCUCUUCGACGGCAUCGCCGGAACUCUGACUUAUUACAAGGACGGCAAAAGUUUGGGUAUAGCAUUUCGGGGUUUGAAUAAAGUGAAGGAACCUUUGUAUCCAAUCGUUUCGUCGACAGCGGCGAAAACCGAAAUGCGACUGGGUAUUAUGAGACGGGACUACAUUAAUUUACAAGACAGAUGCCGAACGGUCAUAGUAAAACGAUUGAGACAUCGGCGAGAUUUAGAUAAACUUCUGUUGCCUCCUCUCAUGAAAGCUUACAUCAGGGAAGGGAUCAUCUAUUCACUAGGUUCGUACAAGAAUAGCAAUGCUAUGAUUCUAUAAAUGAAUUUCAUAAUUAAAAUGUUGUACAUAGUUAAAAUAAAUGUGUAUAUACAUAUAAUUAAAUUAUUGUAAAUAGUAUUUAUACAUUUGAAAUCCGUGGAUUUUGUUCCAUGUGCCAUAAUAAUCUCGUUUGGGUAGCAAAUUCAAGUUGCUGCUAAAUGAAUUUUAAAUAUAGUAUAAUAAUGGUUAAUGUACAUAGCGAGCGUGUGCAUCUUUCUGUUUUAAGAGAAAUUAGUCAAAUAUUGUUUUUCUAGUCUAACACUUAUUUUUUAAGAUACGCCAUUCGCGGAUGGCGAAAGUAAAAUAAGUUUUAUAAUUUUAUUUAUACUUUAUAUGUUACAAGAAACAUAUAAUAAAUUAAU